CCCUGUUCCUACUCAAUAAAUGUUAUUACCUUUACCCUUCCAACGGGAAAACAGAAGAGUUCUUUUCCUUCCCAAUUUUUAGUGUUUAGAAAAGCUCGAGGCCUAGCAACUUGAUUUUUAGCCUGGGGAAGUCCAAGUAGGGGGACUCUUGUUCUUGUUUCCUUUUUCAAAAUCCCACACCUCCUCCUCCUCCUCCUAGAGAAGCCAUGUCUACCAACAGUUGUAGUUUCAAAGACCGAUGUGUGUCCAUCCUGUGUUGCAAAUUCUGUAAACAAGUGCUCAGCUCUAGGGGAAUGAAGGCUGUUUUGCUGGCUGAUACUGAAAUAGAUCUUUUCUCUACAGACAUCCCUCCUACCAACACAGUGGACUUCAUUGGAAGAUGCUAUUUCACCAAAAUCUGCAAAUGUAAACUGAAAGACAUUGCAUGUUUAAAAUGUGGGAAUAUUGUUGGUUAUCAUGUGAUUGUUCCAUGUAGUUCCUGCCUUCUUUCCUGCAACAAUGGACAUUUCUGGAUGUUUCACAGCCAAGCAGUUUAUGGUAUUAACAGACUAGACUCCACAGGUGUAAACGUCCUACUUUGGGGCAACUUGUCAGAGAUAGAAGAGAACACAGAUGAAGAUGUGUUAAAUAUCUCAGCAGAGGAGUGUAUUAGAUGAAUGGAAUUAUGACAUAUAAUAUUCAAAACUUUUUUCUAUUUAAAAAUAUAUUAAUGGAUCAACUUUAAAAUUGCUAGUAACGGUUUACCAGUGAUUUAUUUUUUUGGAAAACAAAAUGAGGCACUUGUUGAUUUA